AUGAAAUUGAAUUAAUAAAUCCAUCUGAGAAAAUAUACUUUAAAUAUAUUAUCAAAUGAGUUCUUCUAAAACAGAACAGACUAAAUAAAUAACCCAGUCAAAAUUAAAAAGUAAUCAUAAUUACCUAUGAGAUUAGUAGUUUAAUAAUGUUAAUUACUGAAAAUUUCAUAAUUCUUGUUGAAAUAUGGAAAAAUAAUAUUUAUCCUGAAAAUUUAUACCUUUUUUAUUGAAUCCACUAAUUUAAUAAGCAUUAUUCCAAUUUUUGAAUAUUUAUAAAUUGAUGAACUCUUUCCAAAAUUAAAGUUUUAUAAUCUAAAUGCUCAUUUUAUUGUAAUGAUAAUGUUAUUUAUAAACUCAUAUGUUUGA